AGGCAGUAAAGGUUUGAGGAGCAAUUGUGGUGUGUUGUUGGAGAGAAGAAGGAUGCAAUACCAUUGCUCAUGCCAGGCACUUCCCAAACCCAUAAAUGCUAAUUCCAAGCUACCCACUCAUUUGAAUCGCCAUGAUGGUUGCGGUGGAGUUGCUAAAUUUCAUUUGCCUUCUCAUGUUAAUUCCAUUACCAGCACUUCUAACCCAUUUAUCAAGCACUGCGUCAAGCUCCGCCAUAGCUCAUCUUAUCGCCACUCUCGUUCUUCCGCUCUUGUUGUGGGUACUACUCCCAUUAGGGAAAUAUACAAAUAUGAAAAGUCAUUGGAAGAUAAAACUGUCACAAUGGAUUAUUUACUAUUGCUUGAUAAAGUGGGAAUUCCUGAAGGACUAGAUGAUAUUCCUUCCCGUACUGUGCGUGUUAGCUCUGUGGUGAUGAAAAAACUUUCUGGAGUACAAUCAUCAGAAUCUAUUGAAGCAGUUGCCAUAAUGAAACUUCCAACAAGCUUUUUCAGUAUAGAUGGCAAUCAAAAAGAGGCAGACUGUCAGAGUUGGUUCCCAUCUACACACAGAAUUCUAGUCCUUGAUGGGAUUCAGGACCCAGGUAACCUAGGGACAUUGCUCAGAUCAGCUAUGGCCUUUAAAUGGGGUGGUGUUUUCCUGCUUCCUGGCUGUUGUGAUCCAUUCAAUGAGAAAGCUCUCCGAGCUAGCCGUGGAGCCUGCUUUCAGCUUCCCAUAGUUUCUGGCUGUUGGUAUCAUCUUGAAUCGCUGAAAGAUAUGUUUCAAAUGAAGUUACUAGCUGGACAUCCGGAGAGCAAUGAUGAACUUAGACCAGUGGAACAACUGUCCCAAGAAUUUGUGGACUCUUUAGCUGAUGUUCCAGUAUGCUUGGUUUUGGGUAGUGAAGGAAAUGGCCUUUCAGACAAAUCUCAGCGGGUAUGUGAACUUAUUGAAGAGGGUUUUUGUCAAUGCAUGUGGGAAGUGGGAUGAUUUGAGCAGACAAUCUGAAAACCAUCAGUUUUAUGAAAAUUAACUUCUGCCAUCUAACUUGGACAGAAGAUUGUUUGCUGCUUCCUACA